CUCCUCCAACCCAAACAACCUCAUCAUAUUAACCCAAUGGCUUCAACAUUACAUUAAGUGAAAAAGGUAGCAAAUUUUCGUAGAGAGAAAAAUUUGGCAAAAAACAAGUAAUGGCUGAUGAUGAUCCACAGGAUGUAGCCGACCGGGAGCGGCUCUUCAAGCAUUUCGACGCCAACGGCGAUGGCCAGAUCUCGGCCAACGAGCUGGGCGACGCUCUCAAGACACUUGGCUGUGUCACCCCCGAUGAAGUCAAGAACAUGAUGGUUGAGAUCGACUCCGAUGGCGAUGGCUUCAUAUCCUAUGAAGAGUUCACCGCAUUCGCUCGUACAAAUAGGGGACUAGUCAAGGAUGUCGCCAAGAUAUUCUAACUUUUUCAUUUUCCUCUAAAAUAGAUUUGAAUUCAUUUUACUAUUGUAUUUCUUUUUGUUACGUAUACAUAAAUUGUUGUUUGGUUU